GAAAAUCGGUUAAAGAUAAGGAGAGAGAGGAAGAGAGAGAAAGAGAGAGAGAUGGCAAUUCAACUGAUACAGUUCCACACCUUAACUCAUGACACCCAACCAAAGCCACCCCUCUCCACCACCACCACCAAUCACCACCGGUUAUCAUCUCUACAAGUAAAUGCAGUUUCCGGGAAAGCCCAACAACUCUUACAGUCCGGCACGGUCCGGCCCAUAAGGCCCAAAGAUGCAGCCUCAGCCAUGGAGUCUGAAGGCUACAUAUUACUGGACAUAAGGCCUGAGUGGGAGAGAGAGAAGGCACGUGUGAAAGGGUCACUGCACGUGCCACUCUUUGUCAAGGACAUGGACAAUAGUCUUCUAACUCUGCUGAAGAAGUGGGUUCAUUUUGGGUACAUUGGGUUAUGGACUGGCCAAAAUUUCACAAUGAUAAAUCCAGAGUUUGUUGAGAAAGUGGAAAUGGAGGUCCCUGAUAAGGACACUAAGCUCCUUGUAGCUUGUGGUGAAGGACUUAGGUCUAUAAUGGCGGUUUCAAAACUGCACGAAGGAGGAUAUGGGAACUUGGGAUGGUUGGCUGGAGGAUUCAAUCGUGCCGGAGAAGAUGAUUUCCCCAAUGUUGAAGGGACUGAAAAAUUGCAGUAUGCCACAAUAGGGGGGGUGUCCUAUUACUUCCUUCAAUUGCUUGUAUUGUUACAAGCUGUGGGAAACAAGGCUUAAACCUUCUGAUGGUGGCUGUGAUUAGUUUCUCAUCAUAUUUUGUUUUGUUUCUGGUGUGUCCUUGUCCAUUUAAGCAGAAGAAGGUAAUAAUGCAUUUUGAGCAUACAAAUUCAGCUGAUUAUCCAAGUAUUCCUGUCCACAUGUUUAGCUUAUGUGAUUUGAGGAACAUAGACACUAUGCAACCUAGAAAAAACUCAAAAAAGUGUCCAAAAAUUUGAAUCUAUGAUGUAGAUUUAAACUUGGAUGGUGUAUGCCACAUCCCAAAAAAAAUAUGAUUAUACAUUCCAAAUUCUAGAUUAUUUUUCUGGGUA